AUCACUGACGAAACCAAUAAUUACCAAAACUCGCGAAUUGGUUACACACCGAGUCCUGAGCCGAUUGUGGAUCUGCCCGACGAUGACCUCACUUCUAGGCUCGCCGAUGGCGGACACUCGCGACCCGACAUCGGUUUAGAUAACUUUGAAUUUAUUAGUGUUCUCGGAAGAGGACAUUUCGGAAAAGUGAUUCUGAGUAAACACAAGAAGUCCGGCGAAUACUUUGCCAUCAAAGCCCUUAAGAAGGGAGAUAUCAUCGCACGCGACGAAGUGGAGAGUUUGAUGGCCGAGAAGCGUAUCUUCGAGACGGCCACUCGUGUGCGGCACCCGUUUCUCGUCAAUCUGUUGGCCUGUUUCCAGACCCAACAGCACGUGUGCUUUGUGAUGGAGUACGCGUGUGGCGGCGACUUAAUGAUGCACAUUCACAAUGACAUAUUCAACGAGACCAGAGCCACGUUCUACGCGGCCUGCGUUGUGCUCGGCCUCCAGUACUUGCAUAUCAAUAAUAUUGUUUACAGAGACUUAAAAUUAGAUAAUCUGCUUCUGGAUCGGGACGGAUACGUGAAGAUCGCCGACUUUGGUCUCUGCAAAGAGGGCAUCGGAUACGCGGACCGAACGGGCACUUUCUGCGGUACGCCAGAGUUCUUGGCGCCGGAAGUGUUAACAGAGACAUCGUAUACUCGAGCGGUCGACUGGUGGGGCUUUGGAGUACUUAUAUUCGAAAUGCUUGUCGGAGAGUCUCCAUUUCCCGGCGAUGACGAGGAAGAGGUGUUUGAUAGUAUCGUCAACGAUGAGGUCCGUUACCCGAGAUUCUUGUCACUCGAAUCUAUAGCUAUUAUGAGACGGUUAUUGCGCAAAAAUCCCGAACGAAGACUGGGUUCGAGCGAAAGGGACGCCGAAGACGUCAAAAAGCAAGCAUUCUUUAGGCAUAUCAAUUGGGAAGACCUGAUAACCCGCAAAACAAAGCCACCGUUCGUACCGACCGUCAAAUCGCCCGAAGACGUGACCAACUUUGACGAAGAGUUCACAUCAGAGCAGCCGGUGUUGAGUCCGCCGAAAGAGCCGCGAAUACUAUUAGCCAAAGAACAACACCUUUUCAGAGAAUUUGAUUACAGGGCCGACUGGUGUUGACCGCCGCCACACCACUCACACACAUGUCAUACGCCAUCAUAUCUAUCUGUUCUGUCACAACCAUCGCAUCCAUUGCCCAAUGGAUUGCGUAACUCAUCAACAAAAUGCUUAAAUUAUUUCUUAUUUAUAUAAAUGUUAUGCAAAAACAAAAUACAAUACGAGAAACCAAAAAAUCAGACAACAAAAUGUCAGUUCAACCAAAAAAUCCGAUGCGCUAUCACUAACACUAACCAUCGGUCGCCUACCCCUCGCCCCCCGGGGAGUGACCAGUGGUUGUUCCUAAGGGGUGGGCGAUUACGGCCGUACGUUUGUGUUGACUUACGUGUGCCUUAAAAACAAUUACUAUUUUUAAAGGUCUGGUGCUGUCGGCGUUCAAAACAACUCAAACAAACAACACAACAAAUACACGCCAAACCGUUUAAUGACAUCCAUUUAAUGCAAUACUAAUGGUAGCUAUGAUUGUGAUGUUCGGCAACUAAAUCAGUGUAUAUUACUGUUCAGUACUACUACUCCUAUUAUAUCCACUCUUUAUAUACCACACAACGCAUGCCUUUUUUGUAUUGUCACACAAAGUAUACCAUGAGAUCACAGCCAAUGAUUGUUUUGAUUGAACAAAAUUUAUAUAAAAAAACAAAUCAAAUCCAAACU